ACCAAGAGAAGGCAAGGGAAAGGAGGCAGAGGAAGGUGCACUUAUGUAGCGUUUCCUAGCGUAACGUUGCGUUUUCUUCUUCGGAGCCCUGGAAACUUCGAACUUGGGGCGGCGUGGCUUCACGGGCCUGAUGUUGAGCCGUGCGUUCCGGUGUUGGUGGAAUUAGGCGUCAGUUGAGGUUUGUGAGGGAGGCAGGGGAGGGAGAGAGAGGGAGAGAGGGAGUGAGUGAGUGGGUGGGGAGAGUGAGUGGGAGAAUCCCUGGCGCUGUCUCACAUGUGUUUGGGGGUCGGGGUGGUAGGGCAUGGGCAGGAAGGAAGUGAGGGUGGUCGAGGAUGGUGAGGAAGAUGACGAUGCCGCGGCCGUGAUGGGAGUAGUGUUGAGGCCGUGUGGUUGUUGUGGUGUUGUUGCUGCUUGGCAUGGCUCUGUGGCCAAUGAGAGCAGAGGGCGGGGCUGUCAAUUAGAUGUUUGGAAGCGGUGCUGCUGCGGAGGUCGGAGCCCAGGGCGCUUUGGACGAGAGUGAUGAGAGGCGAGUUGUGCAUUUUGAGAACCUGUGAUGGGGUGAGGGUUGUUAGGGAUCAGGCUCAGGUGGUGUCGUUCCUCCACGGAGGGGGCCUGCCGUGGUGGUGAGCACGAGUCGGGAGAGUUGCAAUUGGCGAAUGGUUUUAAGUACGGGAUGUAAACACGGGCAUGCUUGCCGCUGGUUAUGUACAUAGAGGGAUUGAUCGGAAGUUAGGAUCAAAUUUUCGAACGAGACAGCGGGAGCGGCUUGAUGAUGAUGAUUCUUUAUUUUUGUUAUUAUUUUUGUUAUUAUUUUUGUAGCUAGGUAGAGAGGGCAUGAGGGAGAGGAUGGCUUUAGCACUUGUUCGGGUGACAAGGUUACAGGUUCUCAAACUGCAUAAUCCCAUCACGAAUUCUCAAGCUUCGGAAACACCUAGUUGAGCCACAGGUUGGAAGAGAAAUAGACGUAUCUGGUGAUUCCAAUGGAGAAGUUGAAUCUGAGGCGGGCGUAAAGACUGCGAUGUUGAUUAGGGACUGCAACGAAAGAUAGUAAUCAAAGUAUGUAAUGACGAAAGAUAGUAAUCAAAGUGGUGCACAGGCAUCUCCUUACAGACUCUCCAUGUCCAAUGGAGGCAGGGACAAAGAAGUGGAAUUGGAUGCUCAGAGUCCGGGCAUUACAUCUGCAGGUCCGAGCUCACGACCCGGCAGCGCUGCUUCUGAUCGGGGAUGCUCCGAUUCAGUGUCCCCGACGAGUGGAGGGCAUACAACCGUGGAUGCACAGGUUGAGGCUGGGGUAGGAACUUCAGCUGCCAGCGUAGGUAACAGUCAAGACACUCCCAGUCCUAGGGUUCUCGACGGGGCUGGAAAUUGGGACAGGUCAGGGACAGCGGUGAAGCUAUUUGGCUUCGAUAUUAAGCAUCCACCAUCUGCAGAGAAGAACAGUGGAGAGAGUAGCUUGAGCACUCCGCUGAAAAAUGUUGAGGACCCAUCCUUGAUAGAUCAGGUUCCAUGUGAGGCAAAUGAGUCGCAGUCGGUUGUCUUUCGGUUCAUAGCAAAGGAUGCUGACGCUGCCCAGAACUCCUCUGUCGAUGACGCAGCUGUGGAGCAGUGUGAUGACGAUGUUGCGGAAUGUGCUGGUGGUAGCUCUUUACACCUUUCCAGGGGACACACCGAUUGUUCAGAUUCGACCGCUCCUUUAUGGGAGAAUCGGAAAUACGAAUGCCAAUUUUGCGGGAGGGAAUUCGCUAGCUCUCAGGCUCUGGGUGGCCAUCAGAAUGCGCACAAGAGAGAGCGGCAAGAGGCCAAGCGUGCCCAGUUGCAAGCUAAUAGGUUAGCUGCAGCCAAUUCGGAUAGAAGCACUGUAUGGGGUGGGAGGGGGGGAUAUGGCAUUCGACAGUACCACGGUGGGCAGCAGCUCGUUACACCCCAUGUUUCCCGGUUAGUAAUUCCCCACUCGUCACAGCUUUCUGGAAACCAUGGUUCGCACGGUGCGCAGCUGAUGCCUCCGCAUGCUCCUGCGAGCAUGAGUACAUACGAGGGCAUGGCUCCAAUGGCCCAUAGCAUGUCAUUGAUGAAUGGUGGUGUUCCAAACCACACGUUCCCUCAUCCAAUGACGCGGGGUAUGCAGUGUCCCCCGUCGCCUUAUUUUUUCUACUAUGGUCUUCUAGGAAUGAGCCUUCCAGGGUCUAGACCAACCUUUGGAUCUAUGUACGGGGAACAUAUGCGAUAUGCGGAAUUCCCCAGCAUGUUUGCAGUACUUCCACAAGGGAUGCACUCAUCUCAGCCAUGGUCUCAUUCUCAAUUACAGCAGGGUGGUAUGCCAUCGGGAAGGUUUCUGGUGAAAGGAAUGGACGGUAUGAGAACGGAGAACCUCGUACGCCCCAGACCGCUAGCUCAGGCGCCUGGGGCCUUACAGACACAUGAACAGCGGCCAUUUAGUGGAGGUGGGGCGCCUAACAAUGUACUAGAUUUGCAACUGGGUUUGGGAAACUCUCCUACUGGGUGAGAGAGAGGUUCUGUUUAUAGUUUUAGAAGGGAACAGGGACUUGUGCACACAUUUGUGUUUUUCUGUUCACGAGGGAGAAUAUUCACUGGCUAUCCAAUUCGAAGAAACUAUAUCUGAUCCGAUAGUACCAUAUUGUGCCCCAGGACUCUUUUGGAAGUCGUCUUGGUCUUUGUUGUUGGAUCUUGCCCCACACUUGUUGCUAUUCUUCUGCCUUCAUGCACAUCUUUUCUGCCCUCUAUUGUACUUCCAGCAUUCGUUCUCGGUCCCUUGUAGGGAUUUCUCAUUUACUUACCUAGUUAUGGAGAUUAAAAUCUUCAGAGUGAGCUACGUGGGGUGGACAGAUAUACACCUUUGUGUUUGGGGCAUUGGAAGCAGUAUGCCUUGAUAUGAUGUGACCAAUUAUUUUGGUAUUGGUUUGGGAAUGGCUCUUACUGAUAGGUUCUGCAAGCUGGGAACUUGAACCAAUAGAUGCUGUCUAUGCCUGCUUUGGAGCUCAGGUCGCAUCCACCGUAAAGCAACGAUGAAGGAGCUUCCAGAUUAGUCAAGUUUGGUGAUCGUUGUCUGGGAGCAAGUAUGAUCCCAAACAUGCAGUGUAGCGCAACAAGUAGAUUGUUAGUGAAUGAAAAGCCUUCAACCUUGGUGUAGAACCUCCCAGAAGCUUGUUUUUUAAGUUUUUAUGUGCAGGUUCUGUAGCUGGACGCUUAACAGAUUAUGUGUACAACAGUUGGGUCUGAGUUUAGCGGUCAUGAAGUAA